UUCGGCCGGCUGAUGAGAGUUGGUGCGGGUGGCUGGUCGUUCCUGGGUUAAUACUUGUAGACCGCCAGCUGCCACCCUCCUUUCGACAUGUCGGAGAUAGAGCAGGAGCCCGAGCUGGGCGGCCGGAGACGGAGCACCCAGGACGCGUUGAACUUUGGGAGGGAGAGUUCUCUAAGGGCUGAAGCAGGUCCUUAUCCUCUGACCCCCUGGGACAGGCAGUGUGAGCUACAUCUGCAGACUGAACUGAUGGACCUCCCUUCACCACUUACACCAAAAUUGCAUGCAGUGACCUGUUCAACUCUGACGCAAAAUCAUUCCUGUGAAGGAAUCACGUGUCCGGGCUGCUUGAUGACAAAGACCACACUGCUGGCAGAAAAUGAAGUGGAGGCCCAUAAAUUAGCCAACAACUACAAGUUCGGAUUUAAGAAGUGGAAAAGUCACGUGACCGAGAGACCCUGGGAAGACCGUUCUGCAGUAGUGAAAGAACUCUAUUCUGAUCUCAACGUCAUCAAACAUCCAGGAUCUCUGGUCACCUGUGACAAUGUGUUGUAUGUGCUGCUGUUUGGCUGGUGGAUUUCUCUGCUCUACCUUCUCGUUGCCUUAAUUAUGUUUGUUACCAUCGUGGGGAUUCCUUACGGUAAAUCAUGCUGCUGUCUUGCUGGAUAUUAUUUCUGGCCAUUUGGGAAGAUAAUUCAAAAGCCAUUCGUGAAUCGGAGGAAGAGCAGUGUGCGAUUUGAUGGCGAGAGCACUCCUGAGUCGACUGCGGUGGAAACCACAUCACUGCUCGGUGCCGUGGAACAGACUGGCCACACUCCUGCAGAGUCUUCAACUGUGGGAACAAAAUACUGGCACUGUCCAAGCACGUACGUGUGGCUUCUCCUGGGGUAUCCACUUCUCACACUUGCCCACUGCCUGGCUUCCUUCAUUGCCUGGAUUUUGGUUGUCACCAUCCCAAUAGCCAAGCUAAAUGGCAGAGCCAUCACCGACAUCUUGCUAAUGCCCCCCGAGCAGCUUCAGAUCAGAACUUCCAAGAGGACUGAUAUCCCACUGGAAGGAGAAGUGGUCCUUUGUUGUUACCGCGCUAUGAAUCUUUACUAUUACAAGUAUACCGUGGUCGGCAUUAAUGUGUUUGCUGUGAAUCUGCUUCCUUUAGUAGUAGUUGCUCUGGUUUUGGGGUAUGCUGACACGGAGAAUCACUAUGCCAGUUCACCGGUCAAGUUUGCUCUAUCGAUCCUGGCAAUAAUUCCCCUGUCCUACUACAUCGGAAUGGCCAUCGCCAGCAUCUCAGCACAGAGUAACUUUGCGGUAGGUGCAGUAGUGAACGCCACGUUUGGUUCCAUCACCGAGUUGACCUUCUACAUCACCGCUCUGAUCAAAGGCAGCCGUAAAGGGAACAAGUGUUAUGAGGAAGUGGUGAAAAGCGCCCUGACUGGAACCUUGUUGGGAUGUGUCCUCUUUAUUCCGGGUAUCUCCAUGGUGAUCGGAGGUUGCAAGCACCAGGAGCAGCGGUUCAACAGCCGGUCGGCUGGCAUCAGCUCAGCGUUGCUCUUCAUAUCCGUGGGAGGUGUGUUUGCACCAACUCUCUUCUCCAAAGCCUACGGAAACCUCAUUUGUCAAGGCUGCACCAAUUCAACACAGAAUGAAUCUGGUCCCUUUGAAUGUGAUGACUGUCACUUCAGUGUGCUGCAGGACAAUGCCUUGUUUCACAGCCACGUCCAGCCUCUAAUCCACACUGUGUGUAUACUUCUCCCGGCAUCGUAUGUGAUUGGUCUCAUUUUUGCUCUGAAGACUCAUACCCACAUCUAUGAUAUUCAUAUCAGCGGCUGUCAUGGGCACAGCCACAACGUGGUUAUUCACUGGUCGCGAUGGAGGGCUGUCAUACUGCUCAUUGUAGCCACUGUUUGCAUGUCUGCCUGUGCAGAGUUGGUGUCUGAGCACAUUGACCCCUUGUUGUCCAGCUCUGCAGUCUCACCGUACUUCCUUGGUGUAACUGUCUUGGCGAUGAUUCCUGAGCUUCCUGAGAUAGUUAAUGGGAUCCAAUUUGCAUUGCAGAACAACAUCAGCCUCAGCUUAGAAGUUGGAAGUUCCAUUGCUGUACAAGUGUGUAUGCUUCAAAUCCCAGUGCUGGUGCUCUUCUCAGUCAUUUAUCCUGUAGGUUUCAAUCUGCUUUUCAGUGAUCUCCAUCUCUGGGCAUCAAUAUUCAGUGUCAUUUUAAUGAACUACAUUUUCAUGGAUGGCAAGAGCGACUACUUCCAAGGCACAGCGUUGGUGGUAGUCUACCUCAUCAUCAUGGCCAUGUAUUACUUUGCUCCAUCUCGAAGCAUGUGCUGAGGGUGCUUUCAGCGAAUAGUUUGUCGUUUUGGACAGUUUGAUUGAAUAACUCUAUCAUGGUUAUCAACAGCCAAGAAUUCUUCGCAAGCAUCGUCAUUUUCUGCUACUGUCUAACUGUACUCAGAUCAGCAUUAAGUUAUAAGGAUUCCCGCACGUACUUAAGCGACUGACAGAUGCCAUUUGCAGUCAAGCUGUGGUAUUAUCAUCCAGUCUGGGUUUCAGUAACAAUCUUCGUGUUUGGUUUGGAGAGGAGAAUUUGGGAAAACUACUUUUCAUUCUUUUAUGGGAGGUUCUGUUUUGGAAGAUCCCCAGUGAAGUCUGAGAACUCUAAACUACCCUAGCUAACAAUUCCUGGUUGUGAUUCCAUUGGCUGCUAUUUGAUCUAGAUGUAAUUUCCUGUUAUUUUUUGUGAGAUGUAAAUGUGUAUACUAAUAACUUGAUUUAAAAACAAUUUGAGAAAAUUUGCAUUUCUUAAAUAACUUGCUCUACAAUUGAAGGACUAUAAGUAGCCAAAUAUAUUUAUAUAAGUAAACUCAAGUUUAUUUAAAGUAAAAUUUGUAUCUCUAUUAACAACUGAAGUUUAACACUUUAUUUACAGGCACCUAAGCUAAAACCUUCUGGAACGUCUAUUGCAAUGAUUCUCGCUAUUCCUGUGUUUAGACCAUGAGCCAGAGGAACAGAAUUACACGCUUCUGCCCAUCGAAUCUGUGCCACCAUUUGAUCAUGACUGAUCUAUUUACCUUUCAACCCGUUUUCCUGCCUUCUUCCCAUAACCUUUCAUGUCCUGCCUUAUCAAGAACCUGUCAACCACACCCAGUGACGUGGCCUCCACAGUUGCCUGUGACAAAUUCCAGAGUCAUCACCCGCUGGUUAAAGAAAUUCCUCCAGCUCUGUUCCAAAUAGACAUCCCUCUAUUGAGGCUGUAUCCUCUGAUCCUAGACUCACCUACCACAGGAAACAUCUUCUCUAUUCACUCGAUCUAGGCCUUUCACCAUUCGAUAGGUUUCAAUGAGAUUGGCCCUCAUUCUUCUGAAUUCCACCCAGUACAGGCCUAGAGCCAUGAAACCCUCCUCAUAUGCUAAGCCUUUCAUUCCCAGAAUCAUUUUCAUGAAUCCCCUUUGA